UAUGUCAUAGGUGGAAAUCUGAAUCUGGUGCACGAAAUUUGAGAGGAAAAAUAAAUUAUUAUUUCAAGAUGUAUCAUUUGCUUAUUCCUUUAAAUUUGGAUGUAGUUUAUAUUUAGAUGGUUUAAUAAAAAUAAGUAUGUACUAAUUUAAUAGAAGAAAAUGGUUAAUAAAAAAGAAAGCUUAGAUAAAAACUUAAAAAUUUUUAAUAAAGAAGAUGUAAUGCAACAUGUUUCUCCGGAAGAUUGUUGGGUGACAGUAAGAGGCGGUGUUUAUAAUGUAACAAAGUUUUUGAAAAAUCACCCUGGAGGACCUGAUCUAAUAUUAACUAAAGCAGGAUCUGAUGUGACCAAUAUUUUAACAAAUAAUUCUAUACAUCAACACUCAUUAAAUGCUUAUAACCUUCUGGAGCAAUAUAAAAUUGGCUGUGUUGAUGAACAAGAUGAGGAGUAUUCACAAAUGAGUUCAAUGGAGGGAUGGAAUGAGAAUCUUGUUGAUUGGAAUAAAGGCAUGGUUUUUCAAGUUUACAAAUUAGGCCAUAAUUAUUUGAAAUGGGUACACUCACCUGUAAACAAGAAAUUGAAGUUAUUUGAUUCUGAAUUUGUUGAAUUUUUCUCUAAAACGCCUUGGUAUGUAAUACCUUUGGUAUGGAUACCUAUAAUUAUAAUCGUCUCUAUGCUUUCAAUUAAUGAAAUGCAUGAAAGCAUUUCAAAUAAAUUUAAGUUUGAAAAUAUUUACGUUUAUAAGUCGUUAGCUCUGGCAUGCUUCUGCUUCAGUUUUUCAGUUGGUUUACCAUUGUGGACGUUGAUCGAAUAUAUGUUGCAUCGCUAUUUAUUUCAUUUGGAGCCAAAAGGACCUUCUUUUUUUUGGAUUACAAUGCAUUUCUUUUUUCAUGGACAACACCACAAGGUUCCAUUUGAUGAAAUGCGUUUAGUUUUUCCACCUGCCUGUGCUUCAGUUUUUGCCUUUUUAUUGAAUUACCUUCUUGUAUCAGUUUUGCCACACGGGAUUGGUCGAGCUGUUUUUGCAGGGGGGAUGUUAGGUUAUGUUAUCUACGAUCUGACACACUACUAUUUGCACCAUGGAUCACCUGCGAGAGGCAGUUGGUUCCACUCUUUAAAGUAUUAUCAUGUUCUUCAUCACUUUGAUGAUCACAGUACAGGCUUCGGCAUUUCUACGAAGUUGUGGGAUUACCCUUUUUCUACUGUAAAUAAGAAAUUUUUAGAAAAAUCCAAUUAGUUUUAGUAGGUGCAUUGGUGGCAUAUCAACAAACAUUUUAUAUUGGUAGCAUAUCAAUAAAGCUUUUUGGAUUUAGAUGCUCUUAGGUCACUUUUUUUUUCAAAAUAUUUUUAUUUUUCAAGUUUAUAUAUCUUUAUAUAUUAUCUUUGUUUUCUUUCAUUAUAUAUUAUUUUUGUUUUCAUAAUUCUAAUUUUUCGAAAUCAAAAUUUUUGUUUCUACAAUAAUAAAUUGCUUUUACCAAUCUUUAUUCGUUUUCAUAGUCACUAUGAAAUUUUCACCAAGAUGCUCAUUUUACGCGUGAAAUGUUUUAAGAAAAGAAUGAAAUUUAAGAAAUCAAUUGCACAUAUAUUUAGUAUUUAAUGAAUUAUUAUUUAUGAUGAAAUUGUAGGAGUUAUUAUAGAAAAUACUAAUAUAAUAUAUAAUAUAUUUUAAAAAUAUUUUACGAAUAUAAAUUUUAGUUGAAAUUUUCAUAAACAUUGUUAAUACUAACUUGUUUACAAUAAAACGGUCUUUAAAAGUUUUCUGAUGUUUGAAUACCAAAUAUAUGAUUGAAAAUAAGAUUAUUACAAAAGAAUAUAAAGAUACAUACAUA